GGCGAAAUACAGCAGUAGAAAAGUGAAUAUGUGCGUGUUUUAACUGUCAAUAUGUCACAUCAGAGGAGUUGUUGUUGUCAAAGUUAUGUUACAAAAAUGAUUUUUAGUGAUAACAUUAUCUUAUUUCAUGAAUCUUUUUGUUUGAGUUGUAACGAUUGGAGUUCUAUAGACUAUCAAAAAUUCGGCUGUGGUCGUGGACAUUUUCAUGAAAUGCGAACCUCAAGAAAAAGUGUUAGAGACAAAAUGUGUCAAGCUGGGAAAUAAGUAGUUUGAACGUUUUAAUUUAAUUGGAGAUGUAUUUAUUAUUGAAGUGUCUAUGACUCUUAUGUGGUCAAGCCACAUUAGAUUUCUAUAAAACGUUCUAGAUUCUAUCCAUUGAAAUGUUUUCUCAAAGCUUCAAUUGCUUGCCUAGUAAAAAACAACCUAUUUUUGGUAACCAGUCGCCCCAAAACAUGGAAUUGUUACGAGGUUUGACAAGUAAACCAUACCAAGAUCCUGCAAAUCAUAUUAGCAUGCAUCAUACAGUUUCAAAUAGAAACCAUACUAAUUUUGGUACAGGAAGCAUAAAACUGAUGGAUUUUGUUUAUAGUUUUACUGAAACUUCAAGACUUGAGUUUGGUAGAAGAUAUGUUCCAACAUUUUCUGUACCAUCAGAGAAAAUGAAGUUGAGUCAUAAAGAUAUAAUAGGCUUACCUCAAACUAACCCCAUGACACCAUCUUUGGUACGAUCCUACGUGGUAGGGGGUUUUGUCGGCAGCAAGAGCCAGCUGGGAAGAAAAAGGAAAAAUGAUGUUGGGAAAUUAAACCUUUGGGAUAUGAUUCGUGAUCUGGUCAAUUUAGUUGGUAGUGCUCCAAAUCAUUUCUCUCCGAGACCAACCCCUAACUCAACCCCACAUCUAAAUAAAAAUUCUGAAAUCAUGCUGGAUAGUAGUCUGCAGAAAGGAUCAUCAGUUAAUUCCACUGUUGCUGCUAUGAAUUGUACAGAAAAUCCUCCAAGUUCUACAAAACAAUCUUACGCUGACGUUGCUAAGGGCUCUUCUAAACAUAAUUCUCCUAAAAUAAUCCCAGAGACUGAGGUCAGGGAUAUUAUUUUUCCAAUGCUUAGUGAUACGAGGUGUGAUAGUACAAUAUCUGUGAUGGAGCCGGUUUCAAUAUUUAUUAAACCCGAUUGUAGUAGUAGAGACCGAAUUACUUCUGAGUGUUCUGCAGAUAGUGAGGAUAGCUACAUUGUUUUUGAAUGUUCUGAAGACGAUAAUGUGGAUAAAGACAUUUUCAGCAGUGAUGAUGACACAAUUUCAGUUGAUGAGGUGUCACAGUCAGAUAGUGGAAUCGUGCCUUCAAGUAAUUCCAGUUUUUGCAACAAAACAUCACCAAAAAAGGUCCGUUUUGCUGAAGACGACAACUUGGUGAAGAUUCAUCCGAUGGUGACAUGGGACUACGCCUACAGGAUGGCACGUAGAGGACCUUGGGAGAUGUUGGCAAGAGAUUCCGAACGCUUCAAACUCCGAAUCGCAAGAACAGAAGCUGUGCUUAAACCUAUUUUGGACCCUCAACACCGCUCAGUGGUGUACCGGGACAGGUUCUCAGAGCUCGAGCGGUAAUCCCUUGCCAAACCUACCUUAAGCUCAUCUGCGUGAUAUUUCAAUUUAACUCGUUCAUCACUGUGUUAAUGGAAACAAGCGAUUCAGAGAAUCGUAAAAAGUUAUUUUAAUAUAUUUAUGUUAAUUGGAAACCUAUGUAGGAUUUGAAAACUAUAUUUUACCAUGUAGUUAAAGUAGUUGGAAAAUAAUUUAUUACUUAAUACUUGUCAACCUUACGUUACCAUUCAUGUUAAAAUGUUCUAGUUUAAAGUGAAGGAAAAGUUGAAGGGCAGGAACCACUUAUUAAUUUUGGUGGCCAGUCUUCUUCUAUGUGUUAAGGAAUAUUGAAUAUUAUAGGGUUACAUUUUCGGGAAAUGACUGUUUGCUGGUUUAGCUCAGACAGUAAAUUCAUUUCAGAUGUUCUAUAAGGACGUUUGAAACAUCAGCAAAAAAUACCAACAGCGAAUUAGCAGUAUCCUAUUAUUUUGCCCCAGUGGCCCUUGCUCAUGUUUUAAAUGUCCAAGUUGAAUGUUUGAUGGUUUUAAGAUCUUAAAUGUUUGGAUACCAAUUGAUAACUUAAUGAUCGAUAAUUUCAAACCUAUGUCGCUGAAAGUGAAUGUCCACAUGUUAAAAAUUGAUAAAACAUCAUGUAUUCUCAUAACUAGGCUUACCAUUUCAAUUCUUUUAUUGAUAAUGAGUACGAACCUUUGAGGAAAGGCCAUAUUGGCAAGAUAUGAUUGAGAGGAUCGUCUCCUUCCCCCGUUGAUAUAGAGUUUCCUAGAAUUAAAGUGGAGUAGACGACCUAAGUAAAAAUUUUGCAAAUCUGAGUUCUAUACAAAAUUGGGCUCCUUUUUAGCUCUUCUGUUCAGUAUGCUAGUGGUGUAAGUCAAUAGUUCAAUAUAUGGCCACUAGGAGCAGCACCAAAAAUAUCAACUAACCAAAACAGCUGUUGGAAUGAGAAUGACAGUGGUGUAAGUCACUUAAAGCCUUAUGAGGUUAGGUGAGUCGGUGGCUUAAUCAGUAGUGUCACAGACUUCGGGCCCAAGGCAGCAAUGUCGUGGGUUAGGAUCCUGGUCACUGCCGAAAACAUUUUAUCAGUACAGUUCACCUUUGUACUGUACCGGCUCACCCCUUGCUUUGCUGGGUACAUUCCACGCACAGGCAGAUAGUCUAUGUGGACGGGCAAAUGCAAGGUUAAAAGAGGCCGCCAACCUUAAAAAAAAAAAUAAAAAUAAAGGUUAAAUAUAAUGUUUUAUACUAAAUAAAUAAUAAAAUAAAAUGUUAGGCCAUAACCGUUUCUACAUUAUAUAACCUGGAUUUUUUAACUGUUUGUUUCACAAAAACAACAAAUACUCAAAACUUAGUUUCAGUGACUUACACCACUUUCAUUAUUUAACCUUGUCUUUAAAACUGUUUGUUUCAUAAAAACGACAAUUACUCAAAAUUUAGUUUCGGUGACUUGCACCACUUUCAUUCUAGAUAUCUCAUAUGUUUGUUACUAAUAAUGCUUUUUAGGGCUGGUUGGCUUGCGCUUGUGUCCAUAUUUUAUCUGAAACCCUAUACUUAUCAAAAAAUUAGGGUAUAGCACAAUUUUAUGGCUAAUUCAUUUGCCUGAAACAAGUUGGGGGGGGGGGAUAUACUUUUAGUAUAUUUGUUUUGGAAACAUGUAAUCAAUGAUUAAUUAGUUAUAAAAAUCAGCUCAUCUCUUAGUUCAAACAGUAAACAGACAAUUUUCUACUCAAUAGAAAAAAUUAAAUUGACCUUCUAAAAAAGGAUCUACAUAAAUAAUAACUUCAAUGCAUUUGAUCCAUAAUCUAAACGAAAACGGUAACAAAGUUGUUGCUUCUUUAAAAUUGUGACAGUAAAGCCCAAAUUGUUAAAACCAUAUAAAAUCAAAAACGCUUUUAGAAUUGUGAAUACAGUAAGUAAAACGGCAGAAAGUUGGCAAACAGUUUUUAGAAGAAAGGGUCUUUAUUAAUCGUGGACAACUGGCAAGCUUACUUAUAAAAGGCAUUGAUAUCGUUAGAUGUUUGUUAUUUUAAUAUAACACCAUCCUGAUUUAUUACCUGUUUAUUUAAUUAAGUCAGCUUCUAUUUUUGAUACUUUUGAACAUCUUUUAAUUGUAAUUUUUUAAUUUUUAUUCUUUAAUCGUGAUUUUUAAAUUGUUGUUCUUUUAAUUGUAAUUCUUAAUAGCAAAUCUAUUGUUUCACAAGGUAAGAUUAAGAUAACUUGAAGAAAGUUUGUUUGAAUAUGUUAACAAAACUGGUCAGAUUUUGUUGAGCAAAAGGUUUUGACUAGUUUGUGUUAAUCAUUGAUGUUAAAAAUUGGUUUAGAACUAGCCCAAGGAUCUAUAAUAAUGCCAUCUACUUUAUUGAUAGAGAAGGUGACUACGUUUAAUGUGUUAAUCAACAAACAUGUUACUUGUAAAAUAAAAUAUAUCUUUGUAUUUUCCCACUGAAACCUCGAUGCGAUUUGUUAUGAUGUGGCAUUUUUACAAUGAUGAAACCAUAUACAAAUUAGUUUAACUAAAAAAAGUAUUCUAUGUAUCAGAAUUUAACAUUUUUUUCAUUCUAUUGAAUUUUAGCCUCCUGAUCAAAUUUAAAUACUAUAAAUUGGUGUAAAUACCUGCAUUUAUGCGAUCCUGUUUGUAGCUUAGUUGCUACCGGUUUCAACUCACAUAGGAGUCAUCUUCAGGCUGUUAAAGAUGUCUUCUCGCUUCAUUCGAAGGUCGUCAAUUAAUAAUAAAUAAAUAAACAAAACACGGACACGGACAUAAGUAGGAACAUUUAGGACUAAAAAAUACUGAAACGGUAGGCCCACGGGACGCAACGUGAUCGGGCGGGAGUUAUGUCCAGCAGUCUAGACAUAACUCCUGCCUUCCGUUUAAGUUUUUUUUUAGCCCCAAAUGUUCCUAUUUAUGUCCGUGUCCGUGUUCGUGUUUUGUUAAUUGAUUUAUUAUCAAUUGACGACUUUCGAAUGAAGCGAGAAGACAUUUUUUUUUCAAACUGACCAAUAUUUGUUAUUGAUAAGCUAAUGGUCAUGCCAAUAGGGAAUAUUUUUGAUCUUCAAUGAAAUUCUUCAGUUAUUUUACAUAUUUAGUAACAAUUCACACAACAUGAUGUCUACAGCUUGAAUCUUUUGUCAAUGAUUUAGGAAUAAAAUUGUUUUCAAUAAAUGUAAUUUUGCCAACCAGUCUCAAAACGUUUCACAACAUUUUAUGAGCUCACAAAAUUGUAAACAAUGUUUUUGGUACGUUGUUAUCUUUUUAGUUACUUUACAUUUGAUCGAAACAUUUUUCUAACAAUUUUAUAUUUUUCAAAAAAAAAAAGAACAAAACAAAUCCUAAGCAGAUGUGAUACAUAACAAGAUAGCUUUCUUCAUCUUAAGUUUAAUGCAAUUUAAGUCAUAUAAUCUUAAAAACUUGGACAUUUUAUAUCUUCAGAAACCCGAGUUAUGUAAUCUGUGUAGCAGAUAUUAGAUUUAUUUUACCUUAGUACUACUUGGGAUCUAUGUGUAUUUUAAUUAAACACAGUAUUUAUGUUACAUACAACAAGACAUGUUGUAGUUUAGAGCACGGAGCCAUUCCCACUAAUUAUUGCAUUCAAAUGAAGGCAGUCACAGAAUUUGUAUUUUUAAGCACAAACUCUAUUUAUAAUGUAAAUCAUAAACAUUGUAUUGUUAAAUCCUAUGUUGUGUAAUAAAUUUGAGUUAAACUUA